AUGAUUAACUCUCCUAGUGAUUCGAAACUAAAUGGGUCCAUAGAUGGGAAUGAAACCUUCCCGCAGGGUUCCCCUAACGUUAAUGAUACUGUACAUUCAUCAUCGUCAGCUACAUCCAACUCGAUAUCAUCAUUGAAAACAUCAAAUAGUCAACCUUUCGCACAAACAACUACCCAACAAUCGCGACCCAAUGAGGUUUCUUUAUUACAAAGAUCAGAAAUAAAAAAAGUAAUGGAUUCAGAUGUAGCAAUCAAUGCCCUGUUGUCAAGAUUAAAACAAUCAUUAUUAACAUGUGAAGAAUUUACAAAAUUUAUACGUAAGAAAUAUAUCUUUGAAGAAGAGCAUACACAAGAACUAUCCAAGCAAUAUAAACAUUUCUUCACAACUGCUUCUCAAUCUAGUUCAUUAAUCUUUGUAAGAAAACCAAUUCACGACGUCCUUGCAUUUGAUGGGAAAUUAUCGGUUGUGAAGGAAAGUUACGUGAAAGCACUACAAAAAAUGUAUGAUGAAAUAAGCGCUUUAUUAUUGACAAUGACUAAGAUGAGGAAAUCAGUGAAAGAGCAUAGUAGAAGAUUGGAAAAGGAUGUCUCUGAUGCAAUACAUAGUGCAGAAAAGGCUCAAAAUAGAUAUACCUCUCUAUGUCAAGAUUGGGAUAAAUUAAGAAUGACUGAUCCAACAAAGACAAAAUUGACAUUAAGAGGUUCCAAGACAACAAAGGAACAAGAGGAGGAAUUAUUGAGGAAAAUUGAUAGUGCAGACUUGGAAUAUAAACAAAAAGUGGACCAUUCAAAUUCAUUAAGAACUACUUUCAUAAUAAGAGAAAGACCCAAAAUCGUUUCAGAAUUAAAGGAUUUAAUUUUGGAAAUAGAUACUGCAAUGACUAUUCAAUUGCAAAAAUAUACAAUUUGGACUGAAAAUUUGAUCCUAAAUAGUGGUGUCUCCAUAAGUCCCUUGGAUUCGAAUAAGUCAAUGAAAGCUGUCGCAUCAUCUGUAAAGAAUGAAAAAGAUCUUUAUGAUUUCUUAAAUAAAUAUAACCAUGCCGGGAAAAAUUCUUUGUUAGUAAAUAGAAAUUUGAUCCCAGUUAAUUAUAAGAAAUAUCCAUCUAUGAUGAAACAUAAUAAUAAAGCUAACAAGUCCCCCCCAAAAUUUGCAGUGGACCCAUCAAGAAAUUCAAUACCAAAGAGAGUGAUUUCGACACAUAAUGAAACACCAUUCCAAGACACACCUCAAGCGAAAUCAUCGAUAAUGACAGAUCCAACGAUAACUGCUGGAGCUACCUUGGCUUCAACAUCUAUAUCAUCCCCUAGUAGCCAACCAUAUACGUCGCCAGCUUCUAGCACUUAUACAACUCCACAAAGUAAACAAAACAUAUUCAACUCAAACCAGCAACUACCCUCAACUCCUUCCCACUCAGGUGUAAAUGCCGUAGAUAGGGUUGCAUCAAAUCAAUCCAGUGUAGAUCAACGAUUUCAAUCAUUGGAUCCUGGUAAUCAAACAGCACGUCUACCAAGCAUGUCCACAACAGUGGACUCAAUGGCAACAUCAAUGUCUGAUAGGCCAAUAUCUCACAUACAAGCAGAUGCAGCAAUGCCACAUGGUGUAAACAAUAAUUUUAAGACUUUCGGCGUUCCCUUAGAAUCAUUGAUUGAAUAUGAACAAGAUAUGGUACCUGCCAUAGUACGUCAAUGUAUAUAUGUCAUCGAUACAUACGGGUUAGAUCUGGAAGGUAUCUACAGAAAAUCAGCGAAUGUUUUAGAUGUAAGUAAAUUGAGGGAAGACAUAGAUAAAGAUCCAUCCAAUGUUUCAAUGAUUUUACCAUCUAAAAAUUUCCAUGAUACAGAUAUUUACCUAGUAGGUUCAUUGUUAAAGGCAUUCUUUUCGUCGUUACCUGACACAUUAUUACCCAAAUCAAUAGCUGAAGAAGUGAAAAUAUGUUGUGCAAUUGAUGAUCCAAAGACAAGAAAGAAUUAUAUGCAUGGUUUGAUUUAUAAAUUACCUGAUGCACAAUAUUGGACGUUAAGAGCUUUAUUAUUCCAUCUGAAAAGAAUAUUGGAACAUGAAUCGAAAAAUAGAAUGAAUUUGAAAGGAUUAUGUAUUAUUUGGGGGCCAACAAUCAUUCCUCCAAAUGUUGAUGACGAGCAUGAUGUAAACUAUCAAAUACGUUCCAUGGAAACUCUGUUAAGCGUCGCUGAUCAAGCUUUCGAACCAGAGUGA